UGCUUUGACACAAAAUUACAAAUCGUUUCGCUUUUUUUACACGUUUGUGUUCGAAUCGAAGUUUCAUUCCAAAUUCUUACACUUUCUAUUUGUAGAUAAAAGCGAAAAUAGCAUCAAUGGCUUACCGGUUACUAAAGCUGGUUAAGUACGAUAUAUGACUGGACAAAGAGUUAAUAAAGUGCUAUUUAUAAAAGUUUAGAAGUUUUGAAUAUUAAGUCUUCCAAAACGAUGACGCGAAUAUUAAUAUUAGGUAUUAUUUACCUAUUUUUUUUAAAGAGAGCAACUGGUGUAGGUGAAAUAAUUUACGCCAUAAAUGCCGGUGGACCAGCCCACACAGAUAUUCAUGGUAUAUAUUACGAAAAAGAUCCACUACAAGGAAGAGUUGGCACUGCCUCAGAUUAUGGAAAACAGCUCGUUAUGAUCCGUCGAGUUAACCCAAAAGAUGAAACUCUAUACCAAACGGAAAGGUAUCAUCAUAGUACUUUUGGCUAUGAUAUACCUGCAAAAGCAGAUGGGGAUUAUGUGUUAGUGUUAAAGUUUAGUGAGGUGUACUUCAACGCACCUAAUAUGAAAGUAUUUGAUGUCGUGUUAAAUGGAGACCAUACGAUUGUGGCUGACUUAGACAUAUUUGACAAGGUGGGACGUGGUGUGGCUCAUGAUGAAUAUGUACCAUAUACCAUUCGAAAUGGUAAACUUUAUUAUAAUGAAGAAGAAUCAGACAUAAGAGGGGGUAAAAUAAAAGUAGAAUUCAUAAAGGGCUACAGGGAUAACCCAAAAAUCAAUGCCCUUUAUGUUAUGAGAGGGAGCAUAGAUGAAGUUCCUAAACUUCCUCCAUUAGAGUGGCCAGAAAAUGACACUGAAGAUGUAAAAGAAGAGGUUGAGGAAAUAAGUACUAAGUCACGGAGAGCCAGUGGCCCCAAACAACCUGACCCAUAUGCUAUGGAAACAUCUGUUCUAAUACCAGUGUUUAUUACUAUGGUUGCUUUUAUUCCGUUGUUGUUUUGUUUGUGUAAAUUAUAAUCUUUUCUCAAAGUUAGGACAUUAUUGUGUGUGUUGUUAGCUCAAUCAGUCAUAAUUUGCACUCUCAUAUCUCAUUGCUGGUGCCUUAUGUUAUUAGAAUUUAACAGUUAUUGUUUUUCUUACUUCUUAGAAAGAUGUAUAAAAAUAAUAAUCUGAACAAUGAAUAGUUUUGUGAUAUGUUACAAGUAUCUUUAUUUUGGUAGCCAGCACAGUCUGGAGUCUAUACUGUUAAAAACCUACAGAAUGCAUUAAACUCACUUUAUAUCCUUAAUUCAACAAAAUAAAAUAUUAGAUUCUUACUUUUAUAAUAAUUACUAUGUUUUUUCUUGUACCGUUAAAGUUACCAGCAAUACCUAUACUAUUUUUGUAUGUCUUCAGUCUUGCUAUUUAAAAGUGUUUGCAAAAUAUUUUACCUGCAAAUUAUAGUAAUAACACACCAAAUAGUACAAAAUAACUUUAAUGUGAAUGUUUACUAGUGCCCGUCCCACACCAAAUAAUGAUUCCAAACAUUUAUUGAUGCACAAAAUUGUAAAUGCACACAAAUAUGUUAUUAAAGAGCCACAUGCUGAAAUUUUGUACU